AGCGCGAUCGCUCAGUCGGGAUGAAGGUCGCGCACCCUCUUCUUCUACGGUGCCGAUGAACAGUAAAGAACGUGCUAGGACAGCGGUUCGCGAUGAAUGGUGAGCGUAGCGUGAAACGUGUUAUGGGAAUGAAAGAUUCCCUUGGCUGUCUUCGAAUCCUUACGAUGGCUUUCCUGAUAGUGGUGGCGAUUGGACGCGCACGAACCGACAAUUCUUCCUUAAAUUCCGGCAAUCAAAUUAUCACGCUUCUCUCGAGAUUGCCGAGUGUUCUGCGAAGCUCUAGUGUAGUGCCGAUAGCGAAGCCACGCUGCCAGAGGCCACUUUACGCUCACCGGAAGUCGAAGAGACACGUAGAAGAAGUGCCGACCUUCAACAAUUCAAUUUCAAAUAUAACGGUUGCAGUGGGCCGAGAAGCUGUACUUACCUGUGUUGUCUCGAAUCUAUCUGGUUUCAAGGUCGCCUGGCUGAGAGUCGAUACACAGACUAUUCUGACGAUUGCUAACCACGUAAUAACGAAAAAUGAUAGAAUCAAAGUGACGCACAGCGAGCACAAGAUGUGGUAUUUACAUAUACGAGAUGUCAACCCAAGCGACCAGGGAUAUUACAUGUGUCAAAUAAACACCGAACCUAUGAAAAGUCAAACUGGUUUUUUGGAAGUAGUAGUUCCUCCAGAUAUUCUCGACAAUUCGACUAGUACAGACAUGGUUGUUAAAGAAGGCAGUAACGUGACAUUGCGCUGCGCAGCAAGAGGAUCACCACAACCGAACAUCACUUGGAAGCGUGAGGAUGGCGAACUUAUAUUUCUUGGAGAUGGCCAAGGAGUUAGUAGCAUCGAAGGAUCGAUCUUCAACAUCAUGAGAGUGAACCGGUUACAGAUGGGAGCGUACCUUUGUAUCGCUUCAAACAGCGUUCCACCUACCGUCAGCAAGAGAAUUAUGCUUAUAGUACACUUUCCUCCAAUGAUAUGGAUCCAGAAUCAAUUGGUGGGAGUGCAAGAGGGACAGCAAAUGACGUUGGAAUGUAAUUCGGAGGCUUUCCCGAAAUCGAUCAACUAUUGGACAAGAGGAAAUAAUCAGAUUGUACCAAAUGGGGAGAAGUACGAGCCGACCCUCUCGGACGAUACGUAUAAAGUGCAGAUGAAGCUUACCAUACGUUCCGUUACCAUGUCAGACUACGGCAUUUACAAAUGCAUAUCGAAAAAUUCACUGGGUGAAACGGAUGGCAGUAUAUCGCUUUACCAUAUUCCAACCACCACGACGCAAGUCAAGACCACGACGACGACACCAAUGCCCACGAUAGCUAAAGUCGAAACUAUCCAAAGAAUCCGACAGAAGAUGCUGCCGAGCAUCGAACCGAACUCAAAUGAAAUAACAGAUGCGUCUUUGUCUACUGUAAUUAGAAACGAAAAUACACGAAUUGAUGGACGAUAUAACAACAAUGACUACAUCAAUGCUGAGAAUAAAAUCGAUAAGAAUGUUCAACGAAAACAACCUUCAAACAAAGACGUGAAUCAUCGCAGAAUUGAUAACACAUCACGAUCAUUAUCCUCGAGAGGAGAUAGGCUAUAUGCUUUUUUACAACACAGUAUAAUAAUCUAUACAGUUCUAUUAUCUAUCCUUUCGUAGUCAGUUUUUAGAUACUUUAUGUCCACAAAAUACGAAGACGUUUCGAUUAAUUGGACUCUUUUGAUUGGACCUCGUCUUCACGCACUAUCAUUCCUUUUUCAUUAGCAAACGGGAUCAAUUUAUCUUAAGUAUGGAUACGAUCGUCGAUAUCCAUGCUUUUUUUCUAUUGUUUAUAAGAAGAGAAAAGAACCAUACAUAACAAUAAAACUUUCGUGAAAUUAAAGAAAAAAAUUAUGUAUGUCAUGGUUCAAAAUUAUAUUCUUUCCAAAUGUACGUUAUAGUAAUUUCUAUCAACAUCCUAUAAUUUUUAACAUCGAAAUACCUAAUCUCAUUUAUUUAGAGAAAAUGUAUUGGUUAUAUUUUGAAUCAUUUUUCUAUUAAUGUUUAAUACUGCACUUGGUUCAACAUUGUUCCUAUUACGACGAAAACGUUAUUGUUAAUUAGAUAUCCAGGAGUAAUUUAUAAAAAAAAUUAGAGGAUGAUAUUUGUAUAAAAAGUUAUAUGACAAUCCAGAAAAGUGAAAUUUUAGUAACAACGAAACUAUAACAUACGUUAUUACUCGAAAUGAUAUUGAAAAAAUAAUAUUAUUUUGUUUCAUUUUAUAUUUUAAAUAAUAAAAAAAGAUAAAUUUGUUAAGUCUUAUAAUUAACUAAUCUUAUCUGUAUUGAUAAUUUAUUUUCAUUAAUCGAUAUUUUCUUAGAUCAUGUUUUCAAUUAAUCUCGGCCUAAUCUUUCCUAAAGACAGAGAAUCUUAUAUUCGAAAUGAAAUAAUCACAAUAUUAAAAAGCCUAAUCAAUCCACAACUAUGAUAUUUCACUAUAAUUGUGAUGCAAUUAUAAGAAAUAUACACAAACAUAAUAAGUGAACGUGAAGUUAGAGAUAAAAAUUCUAUAUGUCGUUUUUCAUGAUUAUACUUUUUUUUUUAAAUGUAUGGUAUAGUAAUUUCUAUUAUAAUAUUAUAAUUAUUAAAGUCGAAAUGUAAUAUCACAUUUUCUUUUAAUUACAUCACAUAGUGAGAAUUAUGAGGAUGAACUUUGGAAACAAUGAAAAAAAAAGUAAAAAUUCCGCUGAAUUCAAUCCUCUUUCUAAUUAUCAGCAGCCUCUAUCUUGCCAUACAACGGACGGAUAAAAUUGUAUGUAAAUGUAAAUCUUGUUGGAAAUAGUGUACCUUUAAAGAUGUACACAUACAUAUCUCAUUUACUUGAGAUAAUCGAUUUGUCGAAUGUUUCUGCGGAAAAAAAAAUGGAAACUUGUAUAUUUGACAAUGAUUGUAACGAUUUAAAUACCACUGUAAAUAACGAUUAGAUAUAUAUAUAUAUAUUAGAAAUCUACGUCGACGCCGACCACGGUGUUAAUUGAAUGAAUAUUAAUAAUUUUGUACAUAAAUUACUGAUUCGCGCGUGUGUGGAUAGGAUAAAAUUAUCGAUAAGGGAAGGAACAUUAGCAUGACGUAAUUUUUAGAGUUCCAUUUUUUAAAAAGUAUCUUCGACUUUUCACGAAGACUAUUGACGUUGAUAGUUUUAUCCUACGAUGUAUGUUCAUCUCGUAGAUAGGUUCAACUGUAAAUAUAAGUACCAAAAAAAAAAGAAAUAAAGCAAAUAAUGUCUUGUAAUAUCGGAAUUUUAUGUAAUCCGAAAUACAUUUAACGAGUAAAUAUUUGUAAAUAGACCAAAGCAUCGUAGUAUGUGAUCUUUUUAAGAUUGAUUAUUUUGCUUUUACGUCGCGCCAUUAUCCGUCGUAGCCGACCGUCAACAUAACCGAAUGAAAAAGAACCAGUGAGCUUUAUUAUCGCUUUAUAAUUGUAUAUGGAAAUUUGCAUACCGUCAGAUUUUUAAGUAGAUCGAUUAUGAACGCUAAAGAGAAGGGACAAAACUUACGGAGUAAUUUAAAAUAUAUACAUUAUUCAUUGUACUGUAACUGGAAAUUUUGGGCGAAUGUUGAAGUAUGAAUAAAGAUCGAAUGUUAAAGUUUGAA